GCUAUAAAGAAAUAUGUAUAUCCAGUUUGUUUCAAUAAUUGAACCAAUUAUAGAGUCUUUGUUUAUCUCUAUAUAAAAUUAUCAACUAAGUGAUUAAGACAAGUCACAAGUCUACGUGAUCACCCACUUUAGCACUUAAACCAUCAUUUUCCCAUAAAAUCUAAGCCGGAAGGUAGUUACAAGAGAGUUUAGAAAAUGGCUUCGUUUGUUUCCGAGAACGUUGCGGCUGAGAAAGUUGACGCCAUGAAAAAGUUCGAGAGGAAGAAAUUUCUUGAAGUUCUUCCGGCAAUCGAAGCUCUCGUUGCGGUGUUGCUUCUACUCUAUUGGUUAACGUCAACUCUCUUCGCCGGUGAGUAUCUACGGCGUAUUAUUUCUGGUGGUUUGACAGGCGCCGGAAUAUACAUAUUCGGAGUCGUGAACGUUCUCAUCGCCCUUAUCUUCUCCUUGUCUAACCAACAGAAGCUAACCCAACCCGAUAUGUAUUUUCGAUACGUUUCCUCCUCUGCCGUCUCUCCUAUUAGCGGUUUCUCCUCCUCCUCCGCCACCUCUCCCGUUGACGGGUAUUGCUCCUCCGCCAUGGUUUCGGAUUCUAUCAUCGAAGAAAUAGUUUUAGAAGAAAAGCAAGUGACGGACUUUACCUCCGUCACUCUAGCCGCCGUGGAGGCUCGACCGAUGAGGCGAGAGAUGGUCCGGGCGGUCAGCUCUGUGGCGGAGACAGCUCAUUCUAUAAGGAAGAAGCGUGAAAUGAUGGUUCUGGCCCCAGCUACUUCUGAGAGUACUGCUACUGAUCAUCAUGUUUACAGAAGGUCUAGAUCAGAGAGACUUGAAGUGCGGGGAGCUUCUUGCAGGAGCAUGAGACGGAUGCGCGAUAUCGAUGAUCUGAGCAGUGAUGAGUUUAGAUCAACAGUGGAGACGUUUAUCGCAGGGAAGAAGAAGAUGUUGUCGAAGGAAUGGAUAAAGCCGUGAAAUAUUAUAUUAUUAGUAUUAGGAACACUAUACCGUUAGUAUUUUAACGUUCACAAUUUGGAUAUAUAUAUUUCUUGGGAUCAUUAGUGACAGUCAUAUCUAUGUGAGUACGUGAGUCAUAUCAUUAUUCCGACGAAAUUACUAGAAAUGAAAACUUUUUGUGUACGUUCCCUUAUCUUAAACA